AUACAAGGGAAAGAAUAUGAACAUGUACAACAGAAGUCAGGAAACUGUUAAUAUUAAAUGGAACCCCGAUGACAAAAAGAAAAUAUAUAAAUGCCUGGAGUGUGGAAAAAGCUUUAAGCAGAAAUAUAUACUAACUUCCCAUCAAAUAAUUCACACAGGAGAGAAACCAUUUAAAUGCCUUGAGUGUGGAAAAAGCUUUGGCCAGGGUAGUAAACUUACUUGCCAUCAAAGAAUCCACACAGGGGAGAAACCGUAUAACUGCCUGGAAUGUGGAAAAAGCUUUAGUCAGAGUGGAAACCUUGCUUCCCACAAAAGAAUUCACACAGGAGACAAACCAUAUGAAUGCCUGAAGUGUGGGAAAAGUUUCAAUAAAAGUGGAAACCUUGCUUUGCAUCAGAAAGUUCACACAGGGGAAAAGCCAUAUAAAUGCAUGGAGUGUGGGGAAAGGUUUAGGGACCAUAAAAGUCUUACAUGCCAUGAAAGAAUUCAUACAGGGGAGAAACCAUAUAAAUGCCUAGAGUGUGAGAAAAGCUUCAGUCAGAGUGGAAACCUUACUGUCCAUCAAAGAAUUCACACAGGGGAGAAAAAAUGCAAAUGCCUAGAGUGUGGUAAAUGCUUCUAUGACAGUGGAAAACUUUCUGUCCAUCAAAAAAGUCACACAGGAAAGAAACCAUUUAAGUGCCUGGAGUGUGGUAAAUGCUUCAUUUUUAGCGGAAGCCUUGCUUGUCAUCAAAGGAUUCACAGAGGUGAGAAACCAUAUAAAUGCCUGGAGUGUGGAAAAAGUUUCACGCAGAGUGGAGGUCUUACUUGUCAUCAAAGAAUUCACACAGGGGAGAAACCAUAUAAAUGCCUGGAGUGUGGGAAAAGCUUCACUCAGAAAGGAAGCCUUGCUUCCCAUCAAAGAAUCCACACAGGGGAGAAACCAUAUAAAUGCAUGCAAUGUGAAAAAAGCUUCAGAGUGAAGGACAGCCUUACUAGCCAUCAAAGAAUUCAUACAGGGGAGAAGCCAUAUAGAUGCCUGCAAUGUGGAAAAUGCUUUAAGGACAGAAUCAAACUUACUUCCCAUCAAAGAACUCACACAGGAGAGAAACCAUAUAAAUGCCUGGAAUGUGGAAAAGGCUUUAGUCAGAGGGGAAAUCUGGCUACCCACAAAAGAAUUCACACAGGGGAGAAACCAUAUAAAUGCCUGGAGUGUGGGGAAAGCUUCAGAGUGAGUGAUAGACUUAUUUCCCAUCAGAGAAUUCACAUGGGGAGAACUAUAGAAGUGCCCAGCUUGUGUGGAAAGCUUCAGUCAGAGAGGAAACCUUACUGUCUAUCAAAGAAUUCACACAAGGGAGGGGAAAUACAAAUGCCUAGAGUGUGGUAA